CGUUGUCGUCGUCAACGUCGUCGUUGUUAUUCUUAUUAUUGGCGUCAACGUUGUUCCUAUCGUUGAAUUGUAAUCGUCGUUGACGGGCAAAGGUAUCGAACGGUUCGCGACGCGGUGAUAACAUUUUCAUAGCUUCGAUACUUUCUGUCUGCGAAAUGUCAAAUCAAAUAUGUCUAAAAUGGAACAGUUUUUUAAACAACAUCGCAACGAGUUUCGAAAGCUUGUGGGAAGAGGAAGGUUUAGUAGACGUGACAUUGGCAAGUGAUGGACAGUGUCUUACAGCUCACAAAGUGAUUCUUUCAGCAAGCAGUCCUUUUUUCAAAAAAGUUUUUCAGACAAACCCCUGUCAACAUCCAGUUAUAAUACUCCAAGAUGUGCACUUCAGCGAACUAGAAGCCUUACUUAUAUUUAUAUAUAAAGGAGAAGUAAAUAUCGAACAAAAGAAUUUGCCGGCACUUUUAAAAGCCGCAGAGACUUUGCAAAUUCGUGGUCUUUCGGGUGGAGAUAUAUUUGCUAAGGAAUCUUACAAGAGAUUAGUCGAAUUGGAGCAAGCAGUGGAAGAAGCAGCAGCAACUGCCAAGGAAGAAACUCCCAAAAAGAAACAAAAAUUGAAUAAACAUCAAAAUUCUAUAUUAGAAACAGCACUGACACCUAAAGUAUCGCAAGCAGAAAGCACAGAUGAUUCCACAACUAGCGAACAAGGUAGUAAAGAAGGAGAUUAUCUAUUGCAGAAACAUUUGCAAAAUCCAAUCUAUCACCGUUUAGAAAUGAAGAUAGAGCCAAUAGAAACUGCGUUAGAAGAUUCUCAAAAGCAAUCUGCAUCGGACAAAGAUCCUGCAGAAAGGUUGGACACAGGGCAGGUCGAAGGAAAUCAAGGGUCUGGGAACAGCCCUGCUGAAGACAUUUCCGGUUUAUCUGGGUUAUCCGGCCUAACUGGAUUCUCGGAUGUGAAGCCACUACUAUACGCGUAUCAGCAACUACCUUACGCCGAUCUUCUGCCGAGUCCGGAGAUAAUCUCAACGUGGGCAUCCUCUCGACCGAUGGAUCAUUUGGCCUGUGACCUUAUGAAGAUCCUUUUUACCCCGGAGGAGAGGAUUCUCUGUAACGUAAACGGCAAGAUGGGAAAGCAGCAGUUCGAUAGUAACAAAAUACAUUUGAUAAGAGAAGUUCUGUUGCACUUUAGUGGUAUUGCACCAAAUAGCGUGGAAUGGGAGGAAACGUGGAAAAAUUGCGUAACUAAAAUCGAUACUAGUAAUAGGGGUUUGAAGAGGUAUCUAUUCCAAAGGCGGUCGGUUUAUAGAUCAUCGAAGCCGAACGUAACAGUAAUCGCCGAUGCACGAGAGACCUCGACUCCUUCGCCGGAGCCGGAAACGCGCGCGGGUCUUCCAAUUGGCCUCGAUCGAACACCACCUUGGAAUACCUAUCGGCACAGCGACGAAUUUCACUCGCCGAAUCAUUCGUGUUCGGAAUUGAUGACCUAAUCCACGAACAUUCUCAUGGAAAGGGACGCGAGAGUUCUGCGCUCGGUGUUCCCGACAUGUCCCGGGACCACUAGCAAUUCCGAAUUCCCGGAAGAGGCCGUGAAAGGUGCCACGGCGUAUCCACCGUACCCUUGCCCGUUCUGCGAUAGGGCCUACACGAGUUGGGGCUUUCGACGGAGGCACAUCAAAGCCGUCCACACCAUUUCGCCGUCUCUCAACUGCAAGUGGUGCUUACAGGUUCUUCCGACGCAUGCGGCUUGGAGACGCCACGUAAUAUUAGCGCACAAUUUAUCAGCCAGCGACGCGCACAAUGGUCUUCUAAUCUUGGAGGAGGCGCACAUGGUCUUACAAAUUGCGCGACCCACCAGGUUGGACACUUUAGUUAACAUAAUUAAACAAAAUUCCCAACAGAACAGCAAUCAAGAUAACUCUCAGUCGGACAAAGAUUGAAUCGUCGAUGGAUCAUGGCUUAUCGAACCUGCUCCAAUUUGUUUGCAUGUCAGGGUAUCGUGCGUGUACUUGUGCAUACGUUAUCGGACAUUUGUUACGGAUAGUUGACGAAUUUUCUUCUUCACACGGAACCCGAUAGAACAAAGAGUUAGAUAUAUAUAUUUAUAUUUGUUAAGUUAUACUCGAUUGCGGAGGAUACGCGAACAAUAUUUUUUUAACCCUUUACACUCG